AGUAAUAAGAAGCCCAAAAAAGAAACACAGUCCAAUCCCAGCCGCAAACUGGAACGCGCGGAAACCGUAGGGCGAAGACGGGAGGAAGGCGACUCGCCGCAUCUUCACCGCUGCCGGCUGCCAUCCUGACGGCCACGCCGCCCAUCGCUCCCGCAUUCACUUCAGUCUUCCGAUGGUGAAUUCAGCUGCAAGUGAAUUCGGCUGUGAUGGAGUUCGUGAACUGGUGGAACAUCUGGAGGGAAAAGAAAAUACGGGUUUAAUGAGCUGUUCCGAAGCUGAAAAUAGCGGGGAGGUGAUUUGUUACAAGGGAGCAGAAAUGGGUAGUGGUGAGGAAGUUAAAGUUAAGGAGGAGGUAGUGGCUUGUAGUGAAUAUGUGACGGUGGGAGAGUUGGGUUGUUUGAUUGAGAAGGAGAUGGAAAAUGUUAAUUUAAACGGUGCAUUUUCUGUGAAGGAGGAAGCUCAAGUUAUGAAUAGCGAGGACAUUGAUGGUGUAAAGAGUAGUGCGGGCGAUCAUUAUGCAAAAAUCACUACGACGGGUAAUGGAAAUGAGGAAGGAGUAACGAGUCAUGAAGUAGAUAUUGGUAAAGAUGAGAGCUCUUCUGAGUCUGAGUCUGAGUCUGAUACCUCGUCUUCUUCAUCUUCCUCUGCAUCCAGUAGUGAUGAUGAUAACGAAGAUGACGAUGACCUUGAGGAUAAUGAAGGAUGUAAUAUCAAUAGAAAGGAUACAGACAUUGAAGAAGGUGAGAUCUUAGCGUGCGGUGCAGAUGAUAUGGUUGCUUGGAGUGAUGAUGGUGAUGAUGGUGUGGAGGGAAGUGGUCCUAAGGGACCAAUAAGGUCUAAGAAUGAGCUGCAGGAACUCCCUUUUGUUCCGCCGGUCAAUGUGACUAUUCAACCCCAUCACCAGACCCUUCCUGUUGGAAGCAUUUCUUCAAUACUUGGUGCUCAAGUCAUAGUCGAAGGCAUGGAGAAGCACAACCCUCUUAACGAGGGUUCGAUUCUAUGGAUUACCGAAACCCGAACCCCGCUUGGGAUAGUGGACGAAAUAUUUGGGCCCGUGAAGAACCCUUACUAUAUUGUAAGGUACAAUUCAGAAGACGAAGUGCCGGACGGAAUCCAACAAGGAACCCUGGUUUCUUUCGUUCAGGAAUUUGCACAUCACGUCCUCAACGACAAGAAUAUUUACAAAAAGGGAUACGAUGCGUCCGGGGAGAAUGACGAGGAGCUAUCCGACGAGGGAGAGUUUUCGGACGACGAGAAAGAAGCCGAAUACAAGCGGAUGAUGAAAAUGAAAAAGAGGGGUGGCCCUACUGAACAGAGAUUUGGGGGGAACACAACGUUGGACAAGAAGGUAAGAAACCGACCGGCGGUGUAUCAAAAACAAAACCAAACAAUAGCUGGUGGUGGAGGUAAUUUUUGCAAUGGAAACACUAGCGUUCCUCCGGUUGACCAAAGCCAGCCAGCACAAGGUUCUACACUUGCUCAUCAACUGGCACAGUUUCACGGUGGCGGGGCCCCAUCAAGUGGCGGAGGAAUGCCAUGUCAACAGCAGCCACAAAACAGUUGGUCUCCUUCUUUCCCUAUGAUGCAACCGCCGCAGCAGAUGAUGAUGAUGUCAUUCCCGGCUAUGAACAUGCAUUGGGGGGCCCCACAGAACCACCCGCAGCCGAUGUUCAACAUGCCUAUGGGAAACGCACAAGGUAAUCCUGCUGGUCCAUUGUUUCCCGCUAACUUUAUGGUUCCCGGUGCACAGCCGGGUUUCGGGAUAUUCAACCAACAGCAGUCACUUGGGCAAAGCUUACCCAUGGUGAAUCCAGGCCAACAAAUGCUACCUCCCAAUGCACCUCAAAGUGGGUCUCCAUUUGGACAAGUUUUGCCCAUGAUGAAUCUGAGCCAUCAAAUGGUACCUCCAAAUGCACCUCAAAGUGGAACAACCAGUAAUGAUUCUUGGCCGCCGCCUGCUUCCGCCGCGCCGGAGAGUCAUCGGAGUUCUGAUCAGCCAAGGAGCUUUCGCGGCGGCCGGCAAACAAAUCGCAGGGGCGGUGGCCGUUUUAGAGGCGGUAGAGGCAGGCCGCAGAACAACUGACCCCAGAGGUGUUUGUUACCCUACUUGUAUUGUUAUUUGAAUUUUUAAAUUUCAAAAGCCCAUCAAACCACCAAAAACUUGUACUCUAGUUUUAACUUGUAAGCCAAAAAAAAAGCACAUGGGAA